AUGGCUGAACUUAUACCAUCCAAUGCUUUAGUUGACUACUCUGAUUCUACACAUUGCUCGUCUACCGACCAAAACUCUGAAGUAGAAAAGGAUUUUACUGGAUGUGACUCUGACCAGUCUUGGCAUAUUCCUAUCAGAAGAAAAAAGAAAAGGCUAGUAUUUACAAGUAUGGACGACUACACUUGCCCAUCCACGUCUGCUAUUCAAAUUCCUACGACGAUAAUUGAAAGUUCGGACUCAACCAAAGAAAGUUCUGAUAGCACAGAAGAGGAAGACUCAGGUAUCGUUGGUAAAAAAGGGUAUGCGGAAGAAACGACCACUACCGUAAAAACUAAAAGAAAGGGAUUUAGGGCAACUGGUUUGUACCCCUGGGAUCCGAGUUCAAUCCCCGAAGAAGCCUUUGCGCCAUCCAUGCUCACUGAAUUAACUGCUACGCAACUCUCUACUAAGGAAAAUUCUGUAACUGUACCAAAUUCUCCUGAAUCUGUUAAACUUUUAAAUCGUACCUUUGACUCAGAUAUUACAUUUUUUGAAGAUGGCUCUACAGCUCAAAAUUCAGUAGCAACAAUAAAGCAACUCCAAAACAAAGAUGUUAAUUUCCAGAAAUUAGUUGACUAUAGCUCUUCUAUAGAAUCUUUAGACUCGGAUGAUAUACAUGUCCCUAUUCGAUACAAUACACCUGUACCUGGUCCUUCAGGGUUACAAGUUCAACAUGUUCAACGUCCAGCUACACUCUUGUCUUCUCCAUCAGAUAUAUCCGACAUUGAAUACAAUCUUUCAAUGAUGCAAAACUAUUCAGCAAAAGGUGUUAGAAUAUAUACCUCUUCUUCCGCAUCUGAUGAAGAAAAUAAUAACCCUCUCCAAACAUAUUUUACACCGAAAAAGAACCAGCUUGAUUCAUUUGAUGAUGACAUGCCACUAUCAGAACUUAAAAAUAAUAAAAAACGAUCUGAUAUUCAAGAGUCAAGUUUUAAAGAAUUUCUUCCAACUCCCAAUUAUGCUGAAACGAAGGCUAAGCCAAGACGAAAAGCAUUAAAUUACGUUGGGCAGAGAAUAACUAAAGAUUUAUUUAAAGACAAGACAGGCAAUAAUGCAAAAAACUCUGCCAAACAGACCAAAAAUUACAACAAUAAUAUUAAAGGUCAAAAAGGAAAGGCAAGAGAAAAAUCAUCUAAAAUUCUAGACUAA